UACAUGAAGGCAUCCUACUAAAGAUCAUUAGUUUAAUAAAAUUAACAACAUCACAAUGAAAAAAUUACCAGAUAGUACCACUUUACGCAGCCCAGUCAUCGUGAAUCAUUCGGACUUGCGAAUUACGAUUAUUAGAGGGGACGUAAAACCAGUUCCCAAGGCCCACGACAAAAUCAUGGUUUCCCCAAAAGAAUUAUUGUCCAAAUACUACAGUUACCAGCCUACUCCCAUAAAACAAAUGAAUUCAUCCCGACUGAAGACGCCAAAAAAAAUCAAAUCUAUAAAAAUUCAAAGUGUUACACCAGUUAUUAAGCAGCCAUCUAGCAAAGAGGCAGCCCCGCGGACUAGUUUGUUUGAUUUAGAAGGACCCGCAGAUUUUUAUAGGUAUAUGUGGGAGACGAAUACUCACUUGCCUCCAAAAAAGAGGUUUUGUCUUCAUAUGUUUUAUGGGUCUAAUAUAAAUAGACACCCGAAUAUAUUCAAAGUAAAUACUGGAAAUUGGGCUUCAGAGAAUGAAACAAUAUUGAAACAGAAAACCGAUAAAACAAGCGUUAUUACAUCGACUCCGAGGACAGUAAUUAAUUCAGAAAAUGUAUCGAAUAAACACCAAAUCGAUAACUCACAUGCCUUGGAGCAAGAAUGCCUUAGUGAAGAUGAAGGCAUACAUCAUGAUCGUGAUGAACACUGGCAAAGCAAUAUUGUUGAUAAUCAACCCAACCAAAUCCUAGAGCCUACACAUGACCAUUUGUACGCACAGCAGACUGACAUUGACUACAAUGAGGACAAUAUCGAUUCAGAAUGCGACACCACGUGCUCUGAGGUAGAACAUAAAGGUAUUGACCAGACGAAAAUUACAAGAAGUAUGUUAAAAAAUGAGACGGAGAGUAUCGAUUUAUGCGAUACCACGGACUCGGAAUCAGAAGAUGAAGGUGCGAGUAUUAUACAAACAGAAAUGGCAAGGCGGAUGUUGGAUCCUAGAAUGGUAAAUUAA